AUGUUGCAACGCCUUCUACGGCCGCAGGCUGCCCUGCGUGCAGUCUCAUCCCUUGCCAAUAAACCCUCCUCCGCCGGCCUGCCACGAUUCCAGACUCGAGGCCUCCACCGAGUACCGCAAUUGACGCACGAUGCAUACUUCAAGAAGAAUGGCAUUCCCGAACUGCUGUCCCCGGAGGGGUUUGACUUUGCCUGGACACAGUAUCAGACCCUGCUGGUGGAGAAGCUCAACCUCUUGACACAGGGUGAGACCGCUGCAGCCUCGCAAGAAGAUCUUGCUUACACCGUGGACGCUGACGCCAAACCCGGAGAGCUUCUGAUAAAAUACGCUCGACGACCAGAGAUGGCAGCUCUGUUCAACUACGCCUCAAUGGCUCACAACAACCACUUCUUCUUCAACUGCCUUGCUCCUACCUCCGUCCCCAUCCCCGACGAGUUCGCCAAAGAGAUCAACGAGAGCUGCUCCUCGGUAGAGUCCCUGAAGCAGGACUUUCUGGCCGCUGCCAACGCCAUGUUCGGUCCAGGAUUCGUCUGGCUGGCCAAGAACCUGGAACGGGAGGGCCUGGUUCAGAUUGUCUGCACGUACAGUGCCGGGUCGCCCUACCCGGCCGCCCAUUCGCGGCGACAGCCCGUCGACAUGAACACCCAGAACCCGGACGCUCCUCUGGGCAACCAGUUCGCGGGUUCGAUGGGCAACCACUCCGCGAACCAGAAGAGCCUGGCGCCCGGUGCGCUUGAUAUCCAGCCCAUCCUGUGCGUCAACACCUGGGAGCAUGUGUGGUUGAUGGACUACGGCAUCGCCGGCAAGGAGGAGUAUCUGGAGCGAUGGUGGAACAGGAUCAACUGGGAGGCCGUGUAUGAGAACUACAAGGCUGUGUCCGCGUCCAAGGUGACGCGCAGUCCGGCCACAAGGCAUCGGAGUCUGGGCAUGCUGUAA